UUAUUUAAACCCGUCAUUCUAUUAUUCGAAUCCUAGCAUCCAAGAGGAUGAUGAAAUAGUUAAUGGGCUCUACUCAUGCAUAACAAAAAUGGUUGCUUCAUUAGACAUCCAAGACAAAAUACUUGCAGAACUAAGCAAGUAUAAGAGAGCUGAAGCAUUGUUUGGACAACCUUUAGCAAUCAGACAAAGGGACAAAAUAUCUCCAGUGGAAUGGUGGGAUAAUUUUGGACAAUCAACUCCAAACUUGCAAAAGUUUGCUAUUCGCAUUUUAGGUCUUACUUGUAGUGCUUCUGGAUGCGAACGUAAUUGGAGUGUGUUUGAGCAGCUUCAUAGCAAGAAACGAAAUAGGCUUGCUCAAAGUCGUUUGAAUGAUUUAGUGUUCAUCAAAUACAAUAGAGCAUUAAAACGUCGAUACAACCUUCGAGAUAUCGUCGAUCCCAUCUCUUUAAGAGAUAUUGAUGAUAGUAACGAAUGGUUGAUUGGAAGAUUGGAUGAUGAUUCUGAGGAGGAGGAUGAGCUGGUAUUUGACGAUGAUAUUUUAACGUGGGGUGAUGUUUCAAGAGCUGCCGGAGCAAAAGAACCAACCUUCUAUUCUAGAGCUAGGGCCUCAGGAGCGACUAAUGUUUCAUGUUCAUCCUCGUCUACCACACAACCCACACCCAAACAAAUAAAUUUGGAUGACUCUGAUCAGGAAGAAGAAGAUACCGAUGGCUAUAAGUCCAACGAAUGAGUGAAUGAAGAUGAGGAUCAAUUUAGUGAUGAUGAGUUUGAUCUUUAGGAAUGAACUUCUAUUGUGUUUUGUUUUUUGGGUAGAAAACUAAUAUUAUAAUAUUUUAUACAUUAGAGUUAAAUCUCAUUUCUAUAUUGGUUAUUUACUUAUAUUUUAUA